ACAUAUACAGAUAUCAGAUCUUUCUUCCUCUAACGGCCUUCGAUUAUCCCAAAGGACAGUCAACCACCUACAUAUACACAUAUCAGAUAAUUUUUUCUCAUUCUCCAUAAUCAGCAGCUCGCAUGGAUUCUCAAGCAACCCAUUCAAGCCCCACCAUACUUCACAAACUCAAAAACAACUUGGCUUUCCGAUCAAAAUGGGCAGAAGUCAACGGCGCCAUGGGAGACUUGGGCACUUACAUUCCUAUAGUCUUGGCCUUGACCCUUGCCAAGGACCUUGAUCUUGGCACAACCUUGAUUUUCACCGGUAUCUACAAUAUUGUUACUGGUGCCUUGUACGGUGUCCCAAUGCCCGUUCAACCCAUGAAAUCGAUUUCGGCCGUUGCAAUAUCAAGUGGGUCGGAUUUUGGUAUCCCUGAAAUCAUGGCUGCCGGGAUUUGCACCGGAGGGAUUCUUUUGAUUCUGGGUGGAACAGGCUUGAUGCAGCUGGUAUACAGGCUUAUUCCACUGUCUAUUGUCAGGGGAAUUCAGCUGUCUCAAGGCUUAUCUUUUGCCAUGAGUGCUGUUACGUACAUAAGAAAAGUGCAGGAUUUCUCCAAGUCAAAGUCCAGUGGGGAUAGACAUUGGUUAGGAUUGGAUGGAUUGAUUUUGGCCAUUUUCUGUGCUUGUUUUAUAAUCCUUGUUAAUGGUGCAGGGGAAGAAACAGCGGAGGAGGAGGAUGCUGGGGGAGAAGAAAGACUCAGGAAAAAGAGGAGAUUCAGGAAAAUCAUUUUCACUCUUCCUUCAGCUUUCUUCAUAUUCUUAUUGGGUGUGAUUUUGGCAUUCAUAAGGAGGCCAAAUCUUGUGAAAGAUAUUAAAUUUGGACCAUCUUCUAUACAUAUUGUAAAAAUUAGCAAGCAUGCUUGGAAAGAAGGAUUCAUCAAGGGUACAAUCCCCCAACUUCCUUUAUCAAUUCUCAACUCUGUAAUUGCAGUUUGCAAUUUGUCAUCUGAUCUUUUUCCGGGCAAGGACUUCUCUGCGACAUCAGUUUCAGUUACAGUUGGAUUGAUGAACUUGGUGGGGUGCUGGUUUGGUGCCAUGCCAUGUUGCCACGGUGCAGGUGGGUUAGCUGGGCAGUACAAGUUUGGGGGAAGGAGUGGUGGCUGUGUGGCCAUUCUUGGUGCAGCCAAGGUGGUGGUGGGUUUGGUGCUGGGGAGUUCUUUGGUGGUGAUUUUGGAUCAGUUUCCAGUUGGGGUUUUGGGGGUUUUGCUCUUGUUUGCUGGUAUUGAGCUAGCAAUGGCGGCAAGGGAUAUGAACUCGAAGCAGGAAGCCUUCGUGAUGCUUGUAUGCGCAGCUGUCUCUCUUGUGGGCUCAAGUGCAGCACUUGGAUUUGUUUGUGGGAUAGUUCUUCUAAAAAAUCUGCUUUCACCAUUUCCCUUCCCUCCCUUCCCUCCCCUCCCCUCCCCUCCGCAAUGCUCUACUUUCUUUAAACCAAACAAGCUUUAAUGUUUUAUUUAAUUUAUAUUUAUGCAAAAAUUACUCAAACAGUUUAUAUGAUUUUCUUUGCCCAUAUUCAUCCCUACUCAUCUGAGGUUCAAUAUUGAGACCUACAACGUAAAAGUCUCUAGGUCAAGAUAUCAUUCAAAUAAUAACAUUAUCUUUCA